UGCUGUCUGGAAGCGCCCUGAGUUUGACCCUCGAACUGCCCUGGCCCAUUGCUAUGUGGUCCUGGGAGUUUCCCAAGGUUUCUAGCCUUGUAAAACUGAUGAUUCACCAAACAGCAAAUCCCACAAUUCCACAACAUUGAGGCCACUUCUACACUGCCAUGUAAAAUCCAGAUGUGCUGCUUUGAACCGGAUUAUAUGACUGUAGAUUCAUAAUCCAAUUCAAAACAGAUCACUUAGAUUAUCUACUUUGAUUAUAUGGCAGUGUAGAAGGGCCUGAGUUGUGGCAAUUGAGAUGGUGUCAGGCUACAUUAAUUCUACAGCAUAGAUGCCUUAUUUCUUAUGUUUAGAAAUAAGAUAAAAAAUGUUUGGUUUAGAGAAGAAUAGUUGUUGCUACUCUGGAUACAGAGAUGCAGCCAAAUGAAUUUACACACCUCUGUAUUUUUGAUGAGUGCAGUUCUUUUAGUUCCCAGUAUUGCUGGGGUUCAUCUGAUAUGAAAACAUAAUUCUAUGUUACAUGAAGAAACCUAUGUGUGUGUUCAGUUCCCACAUGGGAGUGUCAAAACUAAUCUGAUUAACUGUUACCUAAUAUUACUUUGGAAGAGACAAUGUAUCUUUUUAAUAUGACUUGUUGACAUAAUUGUUCUUUUUAAAUUGCAUGUUAGGGUUUUGUUACAAAAAAUGUUGAUCAAUAUUAUAUAGGGAUUAUUCAAUGUUGUUGUUGCUUAUUCAUUCAGUCGCUUCCGACUCUUCGUGACCUCAUGGACCAGUCCACGCCAGAGCUUCCUGUCGGCCGUCGCCGCCCCCAGUUCCUUCAAGGUCAAGCCAGUCACUUCAAGGAUACCAUUUUGCCCUUGGUCGACAUCUCUUCCUUUUUCCUUCCUUUUUCCCCAGCAUCAUGAUCUUUUCCAAGCUUUCCUGUCUCCUCAUAAUGUGGCCAAAGUACUUCAUCUUUGCCUCUAAUAUCCUUCCCUCCAGUGAGCAGCCAGGCCUUAUUUCCUAGAAUAUGGACUGGUUGGAUCUUCUUGCGGUCCAAGGCACUCUCAGAAUUUUCCUCCAAUACCACAGCUCAAAAGUGUCUUAUCUUCCUUCGCUCAGCCUUCCUUGUGGUUCAGCUCUCACAUCCAUAGAUUACUAUGGGGAAUAGCAUUACUUUAACUAUGCGGACCUUCGUUGCCAGUGUGAUGUCUCUAAUUUUCACUAUUUUAUCGAGAUUGGUCAUUGCUCUCCUCCGAAGAAGUAAAUGUCUUCUGUUUUCUUGGCUGCAGUCUGCGUCUGUAGUGAUCUUCGCGCCUAGAGAUUAUUCAAUAAAUAUACAUAGUUGCUAUUUGUUUCAGGAUCUCUUGAAAGCAAGAGUAUUUUUCAAAGAAUUGUAGAAAUCACAGGGCUCGAUGGGAAACAGCCUAACUUUGCAAGGAAUUGUGAUUUGCUUCAUUCACUAAAACCACUGAAAGUUGAAACACGGUGUUGAUGCAAUCUUCUAUAUUGCAUUCAUUGUAAAGGCGUGAGUGACAGAGUCUUUAAUUUUACUUUUUAAAAGGAGCUGGUUACUCAUUAUUCUGAUCACCUAAAACUAAGUUGUCUUACUGCAAUUCAGACAAGUAGCUGAGUUACCUGCUACUAACAAGUUGUUGUUGUUGUUGUUGUUGUAUGCCUUCAAGUUGUUUCCCAUUUACAGCAACCCUAACACAAACUUAUCAUGGGCUUUGCUUGGGAAGAUUUGAUCAGAUAGGCUUUGCAAUUGCCUUCCUUUGGGGCUGAGAGAGUUUGACUUAUCAAAGGGCACCCAGUGGGUCUCAUGGAAAAGUGAGGAUUUGAAUUCUGGUUUCCAGAAUCAUCCUCCAACACUGAGUGUACUAUCCCACACAUUCUUCCUAACAGUUUGUUUGUUACUGUGUUAUUAGAAAAUGUUCUGUGGCUCACCCAAGUGGCUAAUUCAGAUAUCGCAUCUUGGAUAGCCUUAGAAAAAUACAAACAUAAUAUAAUUAUUUCCUGACUGCAGCAUGAGACAGACAUACAUAUUGCUCUUCUUAUUGCUCAGACUGAGCCAGAGCAUGUAAAGGCGUGUAAGUGCAUGCACAGAGGCAGUGAACACAGAGAGAGAAACAAGGAACUGUCAGAAAGCCUAUUUCUGUUUCCCCUCCAAACAGAUUUUUAGCCAUGGCUGCCAACAUAAAGAAGUAUGAUUCAAUUACAGAUCUACUGUGGGAUCACAUCUGGCAGAUAAGUUAGGAUGGAAGUUCUAUGAAGGUGAUGACUAUCAUCCAGAUGAGAAUAAAAAGAAAAUGGCAGAAGGAAUACCUUUAAAUGAUCAGGACAGGAUCCCAUGGCUUUGCUGCCUUCAUGAUAUAUUAAAAAGGGAACAUACAUGUGGACAAAAUGCAAUUUUAGCCUGCUCGGCUCUAAAGAAAAUGUACAGGCAAAUUUUGGGAAAUGGAAAAUGCGGCUGUGAGAGUGGUCAGCAAGAGAACCAAGGAGGUCCUGAAUCAUUAAAGAUCCUCUUUGUCCAUCUGCAUGGAUCGAUUGACUUAAUCGCAGGCCGUCUAAGAAAAAGGAAGGGACAUUUCAUGCCUCUUAGUCUCCUACAGUCACAAUUUGACACCCUUGAACCUCCAUCCCCACCAGAGAGUUUUAUCACUAUUAAUUUGGAAAAGUCCAUUUCAGAAAUAGUAUCUGAAAUUGAAGACUACAUUAAAAAAAUGUAAUAAAUAUUA